CGGCCCGCAUUCCAGGCCCGGCCCCGCACGGCGCAAGAUCAUGCGGUGGGUGGGCACACAUCCCGAGCAUCACCGACCAACCAACGUCGUCAUCUCCGGCGAGCUCUCUCGCUCUCUCUCUCUCUCUCUCAGAGUCGGAGGGAUCGACAAGUUCAGCUCAGGCCAUCGUCUCGAAUCUCUGAACUUCUCUUCCGAUUGCGUGACCUCUCUUCACGAGGGCCGGUAAAUCGAAGCACGAACAAUGAGAAGCUCAAAUGCGCAAGACGAUCGGUCAAGGGCGUUGCACGAGCUCUGCUCGAUGAUCGCCCACAUCAUGAAGUUCCCUCCCCCGAAUGCGCUCCCGGUGGCCGCCUCCACUUCGGGGCAGCCGCGUCUCGCCAUUGCGUCGAUGGCGCAGGUCUCUCCGGCCGCUUCCGCCUCGCUCUUCGUGGGGAUUUCUCUGGCUCUAAUGCUCUUCGGGUCGGUCACGUUUGUGAUCGGGCUCAUUUUGAUGCCAUGGGUCGUCCUUCUGGUUUUGUUCUUUUACGUGGCGGGAAUGGUGUCCGCUCUGUCUGUGUUGGCUCGGGCUAUACCGUGCUCCGCCUCUUCGCUGCGCGGCGUGGCCUAUAAGGUAGCUUCUCUUUCGACCAGAUCGGGAAAUUUCCAUCGAGCCGAGACGUGCAGCCAGCCAGAUGAUGGAUUGAGAGGCGGAACGUUGAACUCUUGUUCGAGGUCAGCUCGAUCGGUUUGCUCGUGACAAGUUUUAGCGGAUGAUGCAUGCUGUAUGACUUGGCUUGCAAGUUUCAAAGGGAAGGCGGCCAAUCUUGUGUGCUUUCUCCAUUGUCGCAUAGCAUUCUCAUUUGACUGAUUCUGUCCCCAUUUUGUGGAAAGGCGGUUAGGGUCCUGGUG